AUGAAGCUCCUGGCCUUACUGAGCCUUCUGAUCCUGAUGCUGCAGGAAGCAGGGACAGCAUCUCUCUCAAAGGAGGAGAGGGAAGAAGACCAGCCGUAUGGAGAAGGCGAUUCUUAUGCCGUUCUGCAUCUGGGGGACUAUGUCCUGAGCCUGGACAACUAUGAUGAGAUCAUUGAUCCAAGCAACUAUGACGAGCUCACAGACUACGGGGACCAGAUCCCCCAGGUUAAAGGGACCGGCCUGGCUUCUCUCACCAGGACACGUUUUACUCAGAGCACAGAGGUUGCAAGGACACUCCCUUCAAACCCCAUGAUGGCCAGGCCUCCGACACUAGGCUUGCUGGCUGCCCCGACCAACCAUGGCCUGCCAACCUGUCUGAUCUGCGUGUGCCUCGGUUCCUCUGUGUACUGUGAUGACACAGACCUGGAGAACAUCCCUCCUCUUCCCCAGACGACUGCCUACUUAUACGCUCGGUUCAACCGCAUCAGCCAUAUUCGGGCUGGAGACUUCAAAGGGCUGACAAAACUGAAGAGGAUUGAUCUCUCUGGCAAUUCCAUCUCCUCCAUCGAUGACAAGGCCCUCCUCCUACUGCCUGCUCUGCGGGAUCUGAUCCUCCCUGAGAACAAGCUCACGGCACUGCCUGCGCUGCCCACCAGUAUCGAGGUCCUGGAUGUCCGCAUGAAUCGGCUCCAGAGCUCAGGGAUACAGCCUGAAGCCUUCAGGGCACUGGAGAAGCUGCAGUUCCUCUACCUGGCCGAUAACCUGCUGGAUACCAUCCCCCGGUCCCUGCCCCUGAGCCUGCGCUCGCUGCACCUGCAGAAUAACAUGAUAGAGACCAUGCAGAGCGACGUCUUCUGCGACGCCAAGGAGCACAGACACACCAGGAGACAGCUGGAAGACGUCCGCCUGGACGGCAAUCCCAUCAACCUGAGCCUCUUCCCCAGCGCGUACUUCUGCCUGCCUCGGCUCCCCACCGGCCGCUUUGUCUAA